GCGCUGCAUGGUUGAGAGAAGCCAGCGGUUUAUUAAACGCGCUUGUUGUGGGUUUAUACGGCUUAUUUAUGAGUUUUCUGAGGGACUUACUUUGGGUGUUUGUGCUCCAGCUGCUGCCACAGCUGGAGACUCGUCAGCUCUGGAUUCACCCGGAGUCUCUCCGACCGCACUCCCGUUAAUUCGGCACUUUUCGCAAAGUACAGCACGGUCACCUGAUUGAGCACAGCACACAGCAGCUUCAGCACGAGGCUACAUGCUAAAUAACCUUUCUGCUUUAAAAACCAGCCAAUAAAAGCCGUAGAAAUGUCAAAAACAGUCAUGAUGAGUGUUUAUACCCGUGUCUGCGGUGUGAGUUUUAUUGUUGUUACCUCAGGAUUCAUGAAUGAAGGCUGUUUAUGAGGCGCGCGCGCACCUGCUAUUACGAGAUUGUUUUUUUUCCCCCUCAGGGUUGCCAGAUAUGGUAAGAAAAAAAAAAUCUAAUUCUCACCCAAAGUGCUGAUCACGGAAUCCAGGCAGGGACACAUGUCUGCCCGGGGGCAUUUUGAGUUAUUGACAGAUUCAGAAAGUACAGUUUCUAAGCUUUCCAAUGAUGCCUUCCAUGUGGAGAUCUGACAAUAUUUGAAGAAUGUGUGGCCUUUUGAAAGUGCAUAGAGUAGAGUGGGGUAAUACGCCCCCGGCCUGUUUUACCCAAAAUAACCACCAGAUGGCGCAAAGUUACAUUUCUAUUGUUGCUAUGGACUGGCUUGACAACGGGGAUAUACAAAUAUCCACUGUGGAUGGCAUAUCAGCAACGCAGCGGAGAGAAAUCAAAUUUCAUGGAUUCCGCUCAUUUGAGAAUCCCUCCAAUCUGGCAACCCUGAUUUAAAAAGCGAGUGGAUGUGAGCUGGAUGACAGAGCCGGGCUGGGAUCAGUGUGAGGAAGAGCACCCUGGGAUUAUCAGCAUCAGGACUAGUUGUGGGAUCAGACUCAGGAUGCUCCGCUUUCCGUCGCUGCUUCUCCUGUGGCUCGCGCACUUCAUUGACGAGCACCGAGUUGACGCUGGGAACUGCUGGUACGAGCAGGGGAAGAACGGCCGCUGUCAGAUGCUCUACGUGUCUGACAUGAGUCGGGAGGACUGCUGCAGGAGCGAGAGACUCGGCAUGGCGUGGACAGAGGAGGACGUUCCCAGCUACAUGUUGUUCCGGUGGCUGCUCAUGCAUGGUGGUGCACCAAACUGCAUACCGUGUAAAGAGACGUGCGAUAACGUGGACUGUGGUCCUGGGAAGAAAUGCAAGUUAAACCGGAGAAACAAGCCACGCUGUGUGUGCGCUCCAGACUGCUCCAAUAACACCUUCAAGGGCCCGGUGUGCGGCUCGGACGGAACCACGUACCGCAACGAGUGCGCACUCCGCAGGGCCAAGUGCAGGAGGAACCCCAACCUGGUGGCCCAGUACCAGGGGAAGUGCAAGAAGACGUGUAACGACGUGCAGUGCCCAGGAGGACUGUCCUGUGUGGUGGACCAGAACAACAACGCCUACUGCGUGACCUGCGAGCGCGUGUGUCCUGAAGUGACCUCACCCGAGCAGUACCUGUGUGGGAACGAUGGCACCGUUUACGCCAGCGCCUGCCAUCUCCGACGAGCCACGUGCAUUCUGGGAAGGUCCAUCGGGAUCGCCUAUGAGGGCAAGUGCAUCGACGCCCUCUCGUGCGACGACAUCCGCUGUCCAGACGGAAAGAAGUGUCUGUGGGACAAGAGGACAGGCCGAGGACGAUGCACCAUGUGUGAGAGUGAGUGUCCCGAGAGUCAUCCCGGAGACAGCGUGUGCGCCAGCGACAACGCCACGUACCGCAGCGAGUGCGAGAUGCAUCGGGCCGCCUGCUCACAAGGCCUGGUCCUUGAGGUCAAACACUCCGGGUCCUGUAACUGCGUUGACCUCUGACUCGUCCGUCCCAUCGUAGGUGGAUCUCAACCUGCUUCGUCACGUGAACCAGACAAAGCAUCAACGUUUCAGAUGUGUGAUUACGGGAAGGAACAAAAAUCGAUCAUUUCCAAAAAGAGACUUAUUUUCUUCCGUUCUAAAGCCAUGAGCUCCUGUGCUGCUGUGUUCCUCGGCAAGCGGAGCGAGGAUGAAGGAGGAUGAAGGUCUGGAGUAGACGGAUUAUCGUGACUGUAACGUGUGUGAAACAGUGCGACUCGGCUCCAGCGCAGAGUCAGUAUUCAGACUGUACUUAGACAUACACGCUAAUUUAUUUUCCAGAAUUAAAAAAACAGAAAAAAGAGGAAGAUUUCAUAUAGCCAUCUUCUAGAUGUUUAUUUAUACAUUACUUUAUUUAUACACUUAUAAAAAGUCAGAAUGAAUUUUCUUUUAUCUCAUGUAUUAUAGCCACAGAAAAAAAAACAGCAUUAUUUAUUUAAAAAGGUGCAAUGUGUGAUGUACAGAGACCUGAGACUCCUGAACGAGAUUUCAUUUUCUCCUGUGUGUGAGAAAGUGUUUCCUUCUUUCUUUUGUCCUCUGCAGCUUUCGUUCAUUUUUCCCUCUCUUCCCCCCUUUUGUAGUCUUCCUUUCUUUAUUCCUUUUCUUCUUUGUCCUGAGCUCUCCAUUCCAUUGUUUCCUUCCUUCAUGUCCUCCUUUCAUUCCUCUCCUUAUUUUUCCCUUUCUAUCUUUAUUUUCCUUUUUCUUUCUUCCCUCUCUGUCCUGACUUUUUAACUUUUUUUUUUUUUUUGUGUCCUGAACAAUUUUUCGUUGUGUGUGUGUGUAGCUCACUAAUAAAUGGAUCUGGUUUUGUUUACACUCAAAGCUGGUCUGUAAUUAAAUUCUUUAUAAGCACUCUGUUUUCUUUUUUCCCCACACAGACGCUUUUUCAUGUGAAAUAAUGUGACUGCGUCUAAAACAUUAAACAUGUGCGUUUUUUUUCCUGUGUUAAAUGAAUGAAGGAUUUUUGUUCAUGUUUGAAAUCAUGUGCCAUAAUAAACGCUUGGAUGCUUUUUUUUUUUUGCGCCGUUUGUACAGCGGAGGCGGCGUGUACCGUAGGUGACUCGGCUCGCUUUAUUCCAGAACGUAAAGGAUGAAUUUUAUCACUCCGUCUCAUUACUGUCUCUAUAAUCACAGAGUUAUUAAUGUAUUGUAUAGUUCCUUUUUCUAUUGUUAAAUGUACAGAAAAGUAAACAAUGCUGUUUGUAAACAUGCAAUACGAGUAAACUGGAAAA